AAGACCUCUCCUGGCCCAGGGAUGACCGGCUGCUCUCUCAGCUGACCGCCACGGCUUCGCUUGCAGACAUGGUGCGGAACUGGGUCACGGAGGGCUUCCUCUGCACCGGGUGCUUCUGGCUCUUGGUUUGUGCUGAGCAGCUGUGGCAGAAAGAGCCAGAGAAAGAGCACUCCAGGCUCUGUCCUUGGGAGUGUGUGAUUUUCGUCCAGAUGUGGCCAGGCUCGUUCUGCGUGUCUCUACCAAGUAAGUUUGGCUGUGUCAUGUCCAAGAAUGCAAAGAACUGGACCAUCCAUGGAUUGUGGCCAAGUAACAUCAAGGAAUGCUGUCCGUACUGGCACCUCUUCCCUUCUGACCUGACGAACCUGGUGUCUGAACUGAACAGUCACUGGCCAACUUUCACCAACUUGACCAACUUCCAGUUUUGGGAGAAGGAAUGGGAAAAACAUGGGACUUGUGCUGGUUGCACCGAAACCCUGAACAGCCCCAAUAAGUUCUUUGGGGCUGCGCUCUUCCUGCGCACCAAAUACAACAUUGACAAGGCCUUCGAAAGGGCUGCUAUUAUUCCCUCCUGUAAAUGGAGUUACCAGCUCAGCACCUUUGUGGACGUCCUUCAGCCCCUCCUGGGACACCAGUACGAGCUGCAAUGUGUGACCGACAGGCAGGAGCGACAAAUCCUGGUUCAAAUCAAGGUUUCUCUGUUCCGCAACUUCUCCACCGGCUGCCUCCCAGGUCCUUCCAUGGACAUCUCCCCCUACAAGCCUUGCCAGGCCCAGAGGAGGAUUUUUUAUGUCCCUCCCAACCAGAAGAAUCCACGCAACCCCUGCCUGUGAUCCGAGGCUGGCAGAGAAAUCAACUGGAUGAGAGGGUCACCAAGGAACCGGAAGAAUCCCAUCAUCUUUGGCUGUGGGACUUCCAGCCACUGAUUUGCGGGAACAGUCGCUGGCCAGCAAGAGUCCAAUUUCUACUCCCGGCCCCAAAGUUUUGAGGACCCCAAUGGCUUGAGCCAUCUCUGUGAUCAGCCA